GUGAAAGACAAUGUCUGAACAUGCGCAAUUUAACCAAUACAAAAACAAGGCGGGUGCGCGUCGCGUCGCGAGCUCCGACCUGUCACUUGGUUUGCAGGACAGUUAAGAGAAAUUGAAACAUGCAGUUCUACACACAACUGUUUACCUCCAACCGUGGGACUCUGGCCAGGAUCUGGCUAGCUUGUCACUGGGAGAAGAAAAUUACCAAAGCUCAUGUGUUUGAAUGUAACUUAGAGACGACCAUCCAAGAUAUAAUUUGCCCUCAGAUAAAGAUUGGCUUGAGAACAUCAGGACAUCUGCUUCUUGGAGUGGUGCGAAUUUAUUCACGGAAAGCCAAGUAUCUUCUAGCAGACUGCAGUGAAGCUGUGGUCAACAUCAAAGUUGCCUUUCGGCCAGGUCAACUUGACUUGCCUGAAGAUGGUAGGGAAGCCCGGUUAAGAUCCAUUACACUCCCAGAAGACUUCACUGACUUUGAUUCUGAACUGCCUGACCCAAAGAUGUUUGAGGACAUAGUUGAUAUCUCCUUGAACCAGAGUCGCAUUGAGGAGAUAACACUCAGGGAAGAUUUCGGGGGAUUCCCUCUCAUGAUGGACAACUUCAGCAGCAGAUCUUUAGGGGAGAGGGAGUCAGAGUUUGAGGGGUUUGGUGACGAAGGGAUGGAGAACACCUUGCUUGAUUUUAUGAUAGAGGCCAGUAAGGAUGGAUUCACAGAUAUUUUUGACUCAUAUCAUGAGGUCCCAAUGACUCCACCUCCAACGGCCAUCGAUGCGGGUUCAAAUGAUUUGGAGGUGCAAGUUGAACCCUGUAGUCCCCAUGCACCCACUGUUGUAUCUGUCGGUACAAUGAACGAGACGGUUCUGGUGGAGAAUGAGGCAGAGUUCUUCGCUCUUGAGCCAGUUCCAAUGACACCGACUCUGGAGAAGAAGAAAGGGAAGAAGAAGAGGAGGCUGAUGGUGGACGCGAGGAAGGAACUGACCAAUGAGGAAAUGAGGCACAUGCUGCAGGAAUCCGAUGAUCUCACAGCAGCCCUGGACCUGGCCCCGCCUACCCGACAGCUGAUGGAAUGGAAGAGCAGCGGAGCGGUAGAAUGGCUUUUCAGACAUUACUGCCUCCCGGCUGUGUACCAUCCAGACCUGCUGCAGAUAUUCCCUAGAGACGUGUUUCCCCGGAAACCACCGUCAGAGGAGGUGGGUGAGGAGAGUGACCCAGAGAGGAUGAGGAACCAGCAUCAAGAGGAAGUGAGUGAGGCGUCCAUCUUCCCCACGGAGGAGCCCAGUCUGCUGCAGGAGUCUGCGGACCAGAGCAAAGUGUCGCCGCCACCAAUUGAAGAGGAGCUGGAGGAACCCAGCAUCGUCCACCUGCCCUCCAGUGAACAUAGAGACAACGUGUUCUCCCCACCUGAUCCUGUGUCGGAGGACUCUUUGCUGGUCCAUGCGUCUGGUGUGGACGGAGAAAUGCCAUCCUCAGUGACACCAACACCCAAAAGUCAGUUGGAUCAGAACAGUGAAGACAUGGAAGAGAAGAGGCUUACGAGCCGAGCUCAGAGACUCCUCCAGGCCCUCAAAGGUCGUGACCCGCGGCCCAACGCCAUGUUCAGCCUGCAGGAGCUGUGUCAGGGAAGCUCCCGCUCAGAGGUGGCCGCCAUGUUCUUCUCCCUGCUGGUGCUGAGGAAGCAGGGUGCCCUGGACCUGCACCAGAGCGCCCCCUACAGUGAGAUCAUCGCCACACCAGGGCCGCGCUUUACAGCCUUCUAGGAAGUGGAUGGAGGGUACGGGACAAAAGAGAAAUGUAUUUAUUGUUUGUUUACUAUG